UCAAUUUUUCAAUUCUGUAGUUGCUUGUAGAUCCCGAGUAAAUCGCCAUUUUCGUCUUCUUUUCGAGCAUCUCGUGCUUUUGUUCUCCUCUAUAGCACAGUAGCAGCUUCAUCAUAUUCCGAGGUUUUGGGCAAAAAUGGAUCCUUCAGACACGGAGAGUGGUAGCAGAGGUUUUGAAAACCCAGAUUGGGAAACCGAGUUUAAUCGCUUCGAAGAGGCGAUUUCGUCUGGUCCUGCUCCAAUUCGUGUAAGAUCCGUUUUAAAGCUAUCGGAUUUUUCGAAUCGAGUACCCGAGUGUUUUCUAUCCAGUGUAAUCCCGAUCCUCGCCGGUCUUCUCCGUGUCUCCGAUGAUCCCAACCGUUCCGUUCAAGCAGCCGCCGCUCAUUGCUUGUUUUGUAUCGCCUGUCGCGGCGGCGAAAUCGGCGGAUUCGCGAUGUUGAUGGGAAGGUGCGGUGUCACUGCUGGCUUGUUAGGGUUGUUGCUUGAGCCGAAUACUACUAAUAGUCAUGAGUUCCGAAGGGUUUGGGUGAAAUGUUUGUGGAGUUUAGUUACUUUUGGAUCUUCGAUUCGAAUUGGCUUGGCUAGGUUAGGUGGUUUAGAGAUUGUGAUUCGUGAGCUGAAUACUUGGGAAGAAGAUUCAAGUAGAUGGUAUUUGUUAGAGAUCCUUAGUGCCUUGACGACGAUACGAGAGAGCAGACGCGUUCUUGUUCAUACAGGAGGGGUUAAGUUUCUUGUAGAAGCGGCUAAAGUUGGGAACUUGGCGUCAAGAGAGAGAGCUUGUCAUGCAAUUGGAUUGACUGGUACUACUAGACGAGCACGGCGAAUGCUGGUUGAAGCAGGAGUGAUUCCAGCACUUGUGGAUCUAUUUCGAGAUGGAGAUGAAAAGGCAAAGCUUUUAGCUGCUAAUGCCUUAGGGAUCAUAUCUGCUCAGACCGAGUACAUUAGGCCAGUCACUGAAGCUGGUUCCAUUCCUUUGUACGUGGAGCUUCUCUCGGGACGAGAUCCCAUGGGGAAAGAUAUUGCAGAAGAUGUGUUCUGUAUACUAGCUGUAGCUGAAGGUAAUGCUGUUUUGAUAGCUGAAGAACUGGUGAGGAUCUUGAGAGAAGGAGAUAGGGAAGCCAAGUUUGCAGCUUGUGAUGUGUUGUGGGAUCUUGCGGGUUAUAGCCAUUCUGUGUCUGUUAUUAGAGAGUCUGGCGCGAUUCCUUUGAUGAUCGAGCUUGUGAGAAAUGGGUCACGUGAGUUCAGGGAGAGGAUAUCUGCAGCUAUAUCUCAGUUGAGUUACAAUGAGAAUGACCGUGAGGCGUUUUCCGAUUCAGGUAUGAUACCAAUUCUUAUUGAAUGGUUGGGAGAUGAGUCGGAAGGGCUUAGGGACAAUGCAGCCGAGGCACUUAUUAAUUUCUCUGAAGACCAAGAGCAUUAUGCUAGAGUGCGUGAGGCAAUAGGCCAUCCUGUGUUUCAGAGUAUGCAGAGCAGGCUUGCUAGAAUCCGAGCUUCCCAUGAAUUGAUGGUUAGGUCAAUGCGAAGGGUUACAAUCGACCAUCUUUCCCGGGAUCCAGAUCCUCUAUGAUCUGAUGGGCAAAUUCAGCUCUCCAACCUGUUUUGAUGUAUGUUUAUAUAAUCUGACUUUGAAUGAAGACUCAAAUAAUGUUUGUUUUUUGCGAUUUUUUGUUUCUUUCCUUGAGAUGUUUGUAUACAUUUACCAGAAGAUAUAGACUUUGAAUACUUCGUC